AGACUUGGCUCGGAGGGUGUGUUUGGGGCAGAGCGGGGCAGCCCAAAGGCAGAGAGCAGAGAAGGGGAGGGAGGAUGCAGGUUAGGAAAAGAUGCUUAAAAUAAACCCAGGCGAAAUGGAGAAAAGAGACCGGAAUAAUGCCGUGGUUGUUUUAAGCCAGCAACGCGCUGCCACCGAGAACGAGGGCCUCUCUUUGGAGGGUCCUCGAUAAAAUCAGGAGGCCUCCGCUGAUUUGUCCCAACUCCACAAACAUCCCUCCUCCUUUCCUCCUCCUCCUCCUCCGCCACCGCCACCACCGCCACCACCACCCCGUGGGCGGUUGGUACAUCCCACUGUAGCACCCGGAGCUUAAAAGGGGAGCGCGGGGCUGGAAGUCAUUGAGUUGGUCCGCUAGGGGAGGGUCGUUCAUUUUUUCUGUGCUUGCAAUCGAACCCAUUCCAUUCGUCCCCUUCCUAGAGCUUUGGGCUUUUGUGUGCAGUGGGUUUUCCCACCGUAUUCGCUUUAGACUGUUGUUUGCUUGCUUGUUUGCCUGCUUCCUUGCUGGUUGGGCUGGGGGAGGGGGCGUUUCGGGUCCUUUCCCCUCCCCCACACACCGGCUCCUGUCCUGCACCUCCUUGCUGGCCGCAGGUGGCUGUCGCUACUGUAGAAGGAGACCGAGCAGGCUGGCAGAGAGCGGAGGAGCGGGAUGGAGCACACCGAGGUUCUAAAGCCGCGGACGCUGGAAGAGCUGAUCCGGAUCUUGCACGAAAUCUUCUCCGGGGACAGCAUCAACGUAGAAGAGGUGCAGUCCAUCAUGGAAGCUUAUGAGAGCAAUCCCACGGAGUGGGCAGCGUACGCGAAAUUCGACCAGUACAGGUACACCCGGAAUCUUGUGGAUCAAGGAAAUGGCAAGUUUAACCUGAUGAUUCUGUGCUGGGGUGAAGGACAUGGCAGCAGUAUCCAUGAUCACACAGACUCCCACUGCUUUCUGAAGAUGCUGCAAGGGAACCUCAAGGAGACGCUCUUUGCGUGGCCGGAUAAGAAAUCCAAUGAGAUGAUGAAGAAAUCGGAGAGAAUCUUGAGGGAAAACCAGUGUGCCUACAUCAAUGAUUCUAUCGGUCUACAUCGGGUGGAGAACAUAAGUCACACAGAACCUGCCGUUAGCCUUCAUUUGUAUAGUCCUCCUUUUGACACUUGCCAUGCCUUUGACCAAAGAACAGGACAUAAGAAUAAAGUCACAAUGACUUUUUAUAGCAAAUUUGGAGCGAGGACUCCAUUUGCAACUUCAAGUUCAUUGGAGAACAACUAAAGAGCUCCAGACACUAGAGUUUCCCCUCUUUCUCUCUUUUUUCUUUUUAAAGAUUGUGAAAAUCAUUCAGUGUGGACAAAGACCUUCCAAUCAUUGCUGUCCAAUAGAAUUUUGAAUAAGAUGCAUAGGGAUGUAUUAGGGCAAGACUACUGGCUGCUGGUAGUUACCGUGAAUGUGGUAAUGGUGGGACUAAGAGGUCCUAGAGAGGAGACUUUCUGUCUUUAGGGUCUUUUUACUUGGAAGACAGAAUCAGAUGCUCUCUUAGGGUUUCUCUCUCAUCCUCCCGGUUCCCUCCUAGGAAAGACGAUGACUUCCUUUCGACCGUUUUUGUACCUCAGAAUUAGCAAUAAAGCCAAGUCCCAGACUUCCUAAGGCUGCCUUUGUUAUUAGCUGAGAAUUGAGUAUACAGGUUUGUAGCACACUUCAUGUUCUCUAAGCUGUGUUCAAAAGAAUUGUUGGGAAAUCGAGGUUUGGCUGCUUUUCCAUCUCACAAAUUCCUCCGCUGUGCAUAAGUCACCGCGUGCCUCUAGAGGUCUUGGCCCUUGGGAAGCAAAGGGCAAGGACCGAAUGGGAGUGAACAGCAAAAGAAGCGUGACCAAAUGCCCACGGAAACUCCUUUUUGUAUUGCUCUGAAAAUUGUCAGGUUAACUUGAAUAAAAGUGAACUUGAACCUCA